AUGCCAAAAAGCAAUGGCAAACGGAAAAGUACACGAGACCAAAGAGAACACCUCACAGGUAACCAACAAGCUCUCACCUCACGCAGUCUGCCCACAAUGAGCAAAAGAUUUCUAGGAAAUGAACUCAAAGUCCCAGACUUCUAUGGCAACCCUGCAGACUUUGGACCUUUCUGGGAGUUGUUCGAAGAGCUUCUACACAAGCAACCGUACGCCAACAUUGAGAAAUUGUCAAUCCUCCACAACUGUUGCAAAGGCGAUGCGGCACCCACACUUCAAAUGAUUCCCAGACGCGGAGACUCCUAUGACAGAGCCGUGGAACAACUCAAGAGUCAAUACCAUGAUCCUAAACGCAUCACAGUGACAAUGAUCAAACAACUCAAAUCCAUGAAACAAUGUCGCGAUGAAUCCAGAUCACUGCGGAAUAACCUAAGUGACAUCCAAGCAAUUGUGGCCACUCUACAACGACAAGGGGAAAUUGUCAAUACAACCCAUUUAAUGAGCAUGGUGUUGGAUACAUUCUCCAAAAACGUCCAAGAUAAACUAACAAGGGAAGAGUUCGAUUCUGGACAGGUCUGGGACAUGACCACACUCCUGGAACAUCUCACAGUUGCGGUUAGACCAUGA